AUAUUUUGAUUAGUGAUCGUAUCUACAAUAUUAGGUAUUUCUUCCUCCUCUUGAGUAAUAUUAUGGGUAUCCAUAGAACUCAACUCUUUAGUAAUGUGUGGUAUAAUAACAAAAGAGUUAAAAAAAGAUAUAGAAAACGUUAAACCAACAAUACUUUAUCUGAUUAUUCAAUUAACAUCCUCAAUUAUCUUUUUAGUAUCUGUAUCCACUGUAAAUGAAAGAAAAACAUUAACAAUUAUUUCAAUAUUAUGUUUAAUUAUAAAAUCUGGGACCUUCCCACUUCAUUUAUGAUAUUUAAAGACUAUACAAAGUUUAAAAAUAAAAACUAGAAGAAUAAAAACAUUAAUAACCUGACAAAAACUUUUACCUUUUAUGAUUAUACUAUACUUCAACACUUUAAUAUUAGUUUUAACGAUUAGAUUAAUAACUUUAGUGGCUCCUAUUUAUAAAAUAAAAAAAACAUCAUCAAUAAAAUCUAUUCUAAUUCUAUCUUCUAUAAACAAUAAUGGAUGGUUUUUUAUAGCAGUUAUAAUAUCUCUCGUAACAUACUUAUAUUACUUCUUUAUCUACUCUAUCUCUUUAAUUAUUACCAUAAAUUUUAUAGAAAACAUAAAAAUAAAAACAUUCAACAUUAAAAAAAAAACUUCUGAGGCCAUUAUAGUUAUUAUAAAUAUGAGAAGAAUCCCACCAUCUUUUAUAUUUAUUGGUAAAGUAGUUAUUAUCUUAACCAUAGUUGAAUUAAAUUUCCCUAAAGAAAUAAUAGUUGUUAUAAUAAUUAUAAGAUGCUAUUUUAUUUACCACUAUUUAUGAAGUUCUUACACACUAGUUAUAAACACCCCCUUCAAACCACAACACUCAUCUUUAAGAAUAAAAUCUUCUUUAAAAGAAGCUCCACUUUUAAUUAUAAUAAUAACUUUAACAAUAUUAAUUUUUCUUU